CUCGGAUGUAAGAGUCAAGGCAGUAAAUGCGCAGUGUGUGAAGGAAAAGUUGCAUUUUUAUUUGCUGAUAAUAAUUUCACCCUAGUUUCCAUCGAUGCCUCGAAGAAGAGAUCAUUAGCAACAUCUCCAGGAGCCACUCUUGGGGUUCGGAAGCCACCUGCUCCACUCAUGAAGACUGUGGGGUACUAGUCAAUACUAUAUGUGCUCUGUGUGAGAGGUAUACAGCAAUCUUGCCAGCUGUUCUCACCAUGGAGCCACCUGCUAGAUAUCUGAGGGUGCUGUUUUUGGGACUGUGGAUGGUGGUAGGCCUGAUCCCUAGAUGUCUCGCAGACGUGGUGGUCAUCUCCACGGAAACAAACAAAACUGUCACUGCCAUUGCAGAUCUUCCAGCUCUUUUUGGCCCUCCUCUACCUCUCUCAGGUUUUAAGGGAUAUGUGAAUUACGUUUCACCGCCUGAUGCUUGCACUGUGGUGAAGCCUCCGCCACAAGAAUAUGCAGGUCUUUGGAUUGCUCUUGUGCGAAGAUUCAACUGCUCAUUUGUUGACAAGGUUAUAAAUGCCCAACAUGCAGGAUAUGCAGCUGUCAUAGUUCAUAAUGUUGGAUCUAAUUCUCUGCAACCCAUGAGUGCCGACCACAGAGCAGAAGAGGUGGUUGUGCCGUCAGUGUUCAUUGGCCAGGAUGACGCUAUUAUGAUCAUAGAGAACUACCUGUACAAUAGAGGGUACACCUUGGAGAUAACUGAUGACCUGCCUUUCAACCUGCAAAACUACCUGGUUCCCUUUGCCAUUACCAUAGGAAUUUGCUUUAUAGUAAUGCUCACUUUUAUGAUUGUCAAGUGCGUGCGAGAUUACCGUCGCUCUCGCCGUCACCGCCUCUCAUCCAGAGCCCUAAAAAAGCUGCCUGUGCACAAGUUCAAGAAAGGGGACCCAUAUGAGUGCUGUGCUGUCUGCCUAGAGGAUUAUGUUGACAACGACAAACUACGCAUAUUGCCUUGUUCUCACGCUUACCACACCAAGUGCAUUGACCCGUGGCUGACCAAGAACCGCCGAGUCUGCCCAGUCUGCAAGAGAAAGGUUUUCACAGGGGAUGAAAGGCCAUCAGACCUGGAGAGUGACUCGGAGGAUGAAAGUAGUCCUCUUAUAAACUCUGAUGAAGGCACACAAGGGGGAACUUUCAAUCAACAGAGGGAAAAUCCAUUCCAAGAAGCUGAACGUCUGGCAGAGGAAAGGCGACAACAGCGAAGAAGGAGAAGAGCCAGUUCCCGCAACAUAGAGUGUGGACCAGAGGGUUAUCAACGGCUGGCAGAGUCAACGGAUGAAGAUGACGAAGAAUACCAGGAAGACGAAGUAGAAGGUGCUAGGGCAGAGUCCGAACAAAACAUUGUUGAUAGAAAAAGAGUUGGAUCCAAGAGGGGGGAGGAGAGCGAGAGUGGAGAGGAUGACCGUAUGGAGUCACCACAUGAACCUCCUAAUGUUAGCAUUAUUGUUCAUGGAGCAGGGCAACCCUCAGGACACACAGAUACAACAAGCCUAGCAAGCAACCACAGUGCAUCGUCCCAAGGCAGUCCCCCAGGUCCUGUGCAGAUUGCAGUUGAUGUGGUCAAUUGCAACCCUGCUGCCACCUCGCUGCCAAAACAGCCUCCCCAUGUGCCAGAAGAUGCUGGUUCUGAACGAGAUUAUGUAGUUUGAAUCUGUUUCUUUUUCUUUUUUUUUCCUUUGUUUUUGAGGAUCAUUAAUUUUUGUAUUUUCUUGAUAUGCAUUUUCUUGUGCAUAAUCAGCAGCAACAUUAGUAGUAUUAACAAUGGAGACAUCCUUUUCUUUUCUUUUUCUUUCAUUUAACCCCACACUGACAGGUAACCGAAAUCUCUGAGCUUAAUAAACUCUGGUGAUUUCUGGUAAUGGCCAUAGCCAGACACUGGGCGCGGGAGUCCACUACAUGAAUCGGAACUUCCUGCUCCAAGCGCUCUGGCAUAUUGUCAUACCUCGCAGACCAAGUGGUAUGUUAUUAUGCCUGUACAUGUGACCCAUCCAGAAGGGGUUAAUCUAGUUAUUCAUAGAUAAAGAUAUUCAGAUGAGGCCCUACUGAUUAAGGAAAUGCCUGUGCACGAGGCAAUGGUGCUCUUUGGUUUUCCACAUCAUAUAUUAAUGGAAGUUGGAGGUAUAUAUUUGUUUUCAAAUCAUCAUGGUAUAGUAAUUGAAAACGACUUCUUUUUUCUUGAAUUAAAGAAAAUUAUUACACUCAAGUUGGUCCAUUUUUCAAGGGAACAUAAGGAUCUCGAAUGAGUUUAGUGCGUGUAUCCACUGUGCGUUUUCUUCGUUGUCAUUUUGAAGGGGAUUGAAAAAGUGAAAAUAACAAGGGUUUAAGGCAUAUCUCCUUGUUGCCACUGAUAAGUGAGCUUUUCAUUGUCAAAAGUAAUUGUGAUGUGAACAUGUGUAAUCUUUUUUUGUUGGUUGUGCCAGGUCACUUAAUUACCUGUCUCUCGUCAAGUGGAAGUUUUAAUUAGGGCUAACUGUAGUCAUCCUGUCAUAUCUUCCAACACACUGUGUCUCAAACAAAAGUGAUAUAUACUGUAGAUGAACCGAGUAAUACAUAGAAAUUAAUCCAUAUUUUCUCUAUACUCUGAGUCUAAUGAUUAGACCGAAUUUUCCAAAUGUAUUCAUAUACCAAUAAGUAGGUAUGCAAAUCCUUAUUUCUGUCAAAUUAAAGUUAUAGAUUUUCACCAGGAAAGUUAAUGCAUAGUUGACAUCAUUUUAUUUUUGAUAUACACAGUUAAGAUUAAAAUUUUGGUAUAUGACAUUAUAUCAUUAUUAUUAUUAUUAUUAUUAUUAUUGUUGUUAUUGUUAUUAUCAUUAUUAUUAUUAUCAUCAUUAUCAUCAAUGUGUAUUUAUUGAAAAGUUUUUGAAGUUUUUGUUUCCACCAGAUUUUUGCAGUAGGUUAUCUAAAGAUUUAUUACAUAAAGUAAAAUCAGUAUUAAUGGACUGUGUUCCAUUUUACAAAAUUUUCUGAGUAGACAUGAACCACAGAUCAAAAUUUUUAAAUGACCAAAGCUUAAUGUAUCUAUAGUUUUAUUACUACUGUUUGGCAAAAUGCAGAUAUUCCCAGCUCUGUUUGUGAACUUUAUUACAAUAAGUAUCAUUAUUGUUAAUUUUUUUUUUUCCUGUCCCCCCCACCCCCCACUUUUUUUUUUUUUUUUUUUUUUUUGUUUUUUUUUUGAAAAGAAUGCCACAAAGAAUUUUUUUUUUCUUUCUCCUUAGCCAAAGUAACCAAGUGAGAUGGGGUUCACUCAUAUAGUAUUUACUUGAGAUUUUUGCUUUUAGAUUUAUGUGUGGAUGAUGAUCUCGAAAUGUUUAAAAUAAUGAAAUCAAGAUGAUUUUCUUCAUGUAAAGAUGUAAAAAAUAAUGUAUAUAGUGGAAAAAAAAGGAAAAAAAAGAUCUUAAUACUUGUUUAAGCAAAAUUUGGAGUUUGGUGUUGAAUGUAAAUAUGUUUAGAUCAAGUUAUUGUGUAUGGAAGAGGUUGUAAUACGAGUCCAGUACAUGUUGUGAUUCCCCCCCCCCCCUCCCUUUUUUAUGUAUUCACUAUUUCUUCUUUUCUGUAUAACAUAAGCAGCUCAGUUGUGAACAGAAAGCCACUACAUUCUUGUUUUCUCUGUAAACGUGCAGUGUUGAGGUUCUUGGACACCACAGUAAACAUUUCAUGACUAUUACUUCGAGAAAGUCGAGAGCUGGAACCUUAGAUAGCGAACUCCUUCAUGUGCUAGUAUAUGUGUAAGUAUUCAGAUAUGCAUAAAACUGCAACCAAAUAGGAAUUUAUAUUAUUCUUGAUGAUAAUUCUAAAAUCUGUUUAGAAGGAUUUUAAUGCUGACGUAUUGCUGAAUUAUACAUUUAAGAGUGAAGGUAAAGCAGGUAUGUAAUUUUGUCUAUGUACACUGCAGUUUCUAAUUGAGCAUAUAAUAUUGUGUUUUCUAAUUGGUAUUUUUGUACUGAACUACUCUGUUAAUAAUAUGUGUAUGAACUAUAGAUUUAAGACAGUAUUCUGUGACAGUCCAUUAUUUUAGAUUUAAACUGAACAGUUUGAAGCUUUAGAUAUGAAAUUAUAAUGUUAUAUUCAUAUAGUACAUCUGGUGUGAUAUGUAAUAAUGUAGAUAUAACUUCAUAUUGAUAAAUAUGUUUACAUAGUUCAUAUACCAGUGUCAUAACCCCACUAUUAACAUUUUUGUAUUGUAGUUCAUGGUUAGGUUUCUGUUUUUUUUUUUUUUUUAUCUUUUUAUCUUUUAAUUUGAUUGUUUUUUGCUGGCUUCACAUUCAUGAGAAGGAAAAUUAAGAACUGUUGGUAUAUUGUAGUCUUUUCUUCUGUAAAUUUUCUGAACUACAUAAUUGAGAAGCCAUGGUAAUAUUGAAGUUAUAUUUUCUUUUAACUAAUGGAAUACAAAUGUUUCCUGUUUUACUCACUCUUUUGCAGACAAAAAUUAUAUGGUUUCACUGUUCAGUAGUCAAAUGAAGAUGGAAAGAUUGAAUCAUUUAUAUAUAUUGGUAUCUUUUGGGUGUUUAAACUCCUAAAGAAACAAAAAGAAAAAGUAAAAGAAAAAUUUCCAGUCAACUAGUCAGUCUGUAUUGAAAUACGUAUUUAUAAGAUAAAGGAAAUUAGAGAGGCAUUACACAUUUUGAAGUCGAGCAAUAGACUCCAAUCCUCUCUGUCUUUUGUUUAGAAUAAGUUCUCUCUCUCUCUCUCUCUCUCUCUCUCUCUCUCUCUCUCUCUCUCUCUCUCUCUCUCUCUCUCUCUCUCUCUCUUUGUUUUUAAGUUCCUUUUUGUAUUUACUGACAUUUACAUCAAAAGAAAGGAUUAACACAAGACACUUGCGCAAGGAUGGGGAAUGUUGUAGUAACCUCAUUAUUUAUCACAUAGAGCCAGGCAGUUAUGAAAGUAUUUAACAAUAUAAUGUGGGGGAAGACUCAUUCAUAAUAUGUUGCCAUGAUUUAUGAUGAAUAGUUCUUAUUAGUGUUAGAGAGGUAAAAGCACCUUUUAAGUCCUAUUGAUUAUUUUAAACUGAAAAGAAGUGUGAGGAGUCUGCUGCUCUUUGUCAUAUCUUCUAUUAUUUCUAUAAAACAGUCUUGCCAGGCAUGUACUACAUUUUCCUUUUUUCCCGUACUAAUCCAGUCUGUCUUUCCUUUCCGAAUGCUUUAUUAUUCCAAUCAUGAAACUGUUAUUUUUAAGCUUGGAAAUUAUGUUACUCUGAGACAUAUAUUGUGCAAAUUUUAUUAAAUAUAUAUACAGAAUAAAGUAAA